GGAGAUCCAAAAGAAACAACCACAAAAUUAGCAUUCUUCUGGAGAAGCUCCAGUAAGAAAGUAGUCAGUCACCCACGGAAUAGGAGAGUGAUACUCACCCAGGAUGGAAGUGUGUCCUUACUGUAAAAAGCCAUUUAAACGAUUAAAAUCCCACUUACCAUACUGUAAGAUGAUAGGACCAACUGUACCGGCUGAUCAGAAAGCUUGUCAGUCCAAGCCAGCUACUCGCCCACACGCUAAAAAAAUGAAAGGGCCCAUCACAGACUUAAGUAACGCUAAAGAGAGAAAGUUGGAGACGGAGAGUAAGAAGAGAAAUACCAACUUGGUAAAAGACAAACCAGAACGGACAACAAAGUCUUUUCCACUAUUGGCUUUUGGUUUGGAAAGAGCAAGUAAUACAAAGGCAGAUAAAGACAUCCAGAAUCAAGUUCAGUGCUCCAUCAAAAAGUUGAAAAAUACCGAACCAAAGAUUACUUUCCAGGGAGAAACGAAGGCUCAGUUUUAUGCGUCAGAGGACACCACUCCUAAAAAUGAACUUGCGAAAUAUUUGCCUCCAUCAGGGGAAAGUAGAAGUAACCUUCCAGAAACUGAAACAUCUUUACCUCUUGGCCCAGUAGAACCUUUUUUAUCAAAUCAAGAUAGAAAAUAUUCUUCAGCUUUACCCAGUGAUAUUCGGACCACUUCUACUGAUUUAAGAUUGGACAAAAUUGAUCACCCAAGACAGAAGCUUCUAGUAAAUUUAUCAGAUAAGCCUAUUGGUGAUUAUCACAGUUCUCCCAUGAAUCUCAAUUAUGGGGUUGAAAGAGUACAAACAUCAUUGUCAAGCAAUGAGAGACAGUCCAAGGCCAGGGACCACCUCUCAGAAGUCUCUUCUGAUGUUAGAGACUCUGAGACUCAAGAAAAGAACACUGAGUCACAAUUUUUAAAUUUUAAAGUUAGCCCAGUAGGUGAUAUCCCAGUCAGGGAGAACCAAGGAAAAGGACUGAACCUUGGAACAGAGGCACACGGGAGCAGAGGAAAUGCAGAGAAAAGCGUAUCUGUAAAAGCAAUCCAGGAAUGGGCUUCUGUGAACGGUGAUGCAAAGAACAUCAGUAGUGAUGAUUCAGCCACAGAGAAGAAACGUCCAGAUGAAGGUCCCAGUUUAAAUUUGUUCACUCCAAGAGAGACAACCUGCAGUGAGCUGCUUUCUGUGUCACAGUCAUAUAAUCAAAGCCUUGCCUCUCUGGCUGUCAGAUUUUUUCAAGAAGAGAAAGCAGAAGCCUGCAGUCCUAACCGAGUCCCUGUUGUGAAGGUGUUAACAGAGAGUGGUGAAGGAGCCUCUCUGCAGUACAAAUUUGGCUGUGGGCCCCAAGUGUCACACCCUGGGUGCCAGCAAAUCUUACAUUCAGUCCUGCCUCACUCCUCUUACAGCCCCUUCAGUCCGAUUGGCAUUGCUGAUAGGAAGACCCUUUCAAGCUCCCUGGGGCUGGAGUGGUUUCCAGAGCUCUAUCCUGGUUAUCUUGGACUAGGAGUAUUGCCAGGGAAGCCCCAAUAUUGGAAUGCAAUGGCCCAAAAGCCUCAGCUCACCAGUCCCCAGGGGGAGAGACUCUCAAAAGUUCCUUUGUUGGAAAGAAGCUCGACUGCUCUCAGGAGUUUGGAACCCCCGACCAGACUUACAACCUCCAACUUGUCUCUGAUGAGGCUCUUGGGAGCUGUCCAGAAAGGCUGGAUCAGGUGCAGCACCACGGUGAGGAGUGGAGUUGGGGGCAUCACCAUGCUCUUUACGGGGUACUUCGUCCUGUGGUGCAGCUGGAGUUUCAGGCAUCUGAAGCUGCAGCGCUGGCGUAAGUGAUGACCUGGACACCGAGUACGGAAGCUUGGAGCCUCCAGAGAGCGUAUGCUGGGGACACCUGCAGUGCAGAUUUAACAAUUUAAAAUGGUUUGGGGGAG